AUGGACGCCGAACUGGCCGAGGUGCGCGCCUUGCAAGCUGAGAUCGCGGCCCUGCGGCGAGCGAGUGAGGACCCGCCAGCGCCCUGGGAAGAGAAGUCCCGAGUCCAAAAAUCUUUCCAAGCAAUACAUCAAUUCAAUUCGGAAGGAUGGAAGUCUUCAAAAGAUCUGAAAAGUCAGCUUGGACAUUUAGAAUCAGAACUUUCAUUUCUAAGUACGCUUACUGGCAUCAAUAUAAGAAAUUACUCCAAGCAGACCGAAGACCUAACAGGCACUGAGAUGACAGAAAAGAGUAUAAGAAAAGUUCUACAGAGACACCGAUUAUCAGGAAAUUGCCACAUGGUUACAUUUCAACUUGAAUUUCAGAUUCUGGAAAUUCAGAAUAAGGAGAGAUUAUCGUCUGCUGUUACUGACCUCAACAUAAUAAUGGAGCCCACAGAAUGUUCAGAAUUAAGUGAAUUUGUGUCUAGAGCAGAAGAGAGAAAAGAUCUGUUCAUGUUUUUCCGAAGCCUGCAUUUUUUUGUGGAGUGGUUCGAAUAUCGUAAGCGCACAUUUAAACAUUUCAAGGAAAAGUACCCAGAUGCUGUGCGCCUCUCAGAGGGGCCCUCCUCCCCAUCCAUGGUGAUCCACAGUGCCGGCCAGCCAGGGUUUGAAUUAAUAAUUGUUUGGAGAAUACAAAUAGAUGAAGAUGGGAAAGUUUUUCCAAAGCUGGAUCUUCUCACCAAAGUCCCACAGCGAGCCCUGGAGCUGGACAAGAACAGAGCCAUAGAAACCGCUCCUCUCAGCUUCCGAACCCUCCUAGGAGUGCUCGGAAUCGAAGCUGCUCUGGAAAGCCUGAUAAAAUCGCUUUGUGCAGAGCAGAACGGCUAGUUCCGAAACAGUGAACAGAGAGGAUGAAGAUGCUGUGAGAGGAGCGUGAGAUUUUACUGAAUAUAAACAUUUGCUGUUUUCCACUUAGAAACCACACCCUGAAGACAUGUCUUCUAUGCAGUUAAGGCACAUUCUGUAAAAACUCUCAUGACAUGAAAAAUAGUUAAGUAUAAAAUGCCAAAUAAAAGUGACAUGUACAAUGUGUUUUAUAAAAAUAAGCUUAACAUCUGAGAAAACGUACCGAGUGGUUGUGUGUCCUCAGACGUGUGGGGAGGAGCCAGUCCCCACCCACCUCGGCCUCACACUGAGUCCACCGUGACAGGCAGCCACACUCCUCAGCUGGGAGAAGCCACCCUUUAUCCUGGUUCCUGCGUCCUGGGGGCUCUGGAGACAGAUGCCUAUGGCACCUCAUUUUUAAACUUUGGUUAGUAGCCCAGGGGAGCCCCGCCCACACUCCUUGCCACCCCCAGGUCCGAACGGUGGCACCGUAAGGCAGUCCCAGCAAGUCCUGAUGUUCUUCUUGGUCUUCCACAAGAAAAUGGAGUUGUCAGCUUCUUCAAAACGAGAAUGUCCUAAGACAGCAAAGAUAGCACUGUUCCUGGGCCAGGGUGCAAGGAAUGAGGUCCUUUAUGACAGACCCUGUGCAGAGCCGAAGUGCUACAUUGACAGUCCCAGAUGUGCCGUCAGAACCGUGAUCUCAUCAGUCACCCAUUAGCACUGUUAGGAUCUGUGGACUAGAGCUGUCUCAAACCAAUCAAGGCCGUCAUGGAGCCUCAACUAAGCAGCAGCAGCGGCUUCCAGGAGGGGCCAGAAAUACGUCCAUAGCAGUGGCGCCUGCAGCUCAGGGGAUCUUUACAGCCUGGGCUCGUGGCAGCCAAGACCAGACAGAAUGGGCGUCUCCAUCUGUUUUCUCGUCUUCAAUACAGGUUAUUUUCAUCGUGUCUAGUCCAGCCCUGUCUGGGCCCUGUGCUAGGCUGUAACUUUUGCAGCCCUGAAGGAUCCAGAGAGCCCAGCCCGCCUUCCCAUUGGGGUAGGAGUCCCUCACAUGUGCACUUGAACCCAAGACCCAGUGUCCUUCAUACACUAUGACAGUGGGCAGAAUCAUCCCAAACAAGGCUUCCCCAGCCCCAUCCCAGCAAGAGUGAACUCCCUUGGGUCAAGACAGUAUUCACGGCUACUUCCCUCCACACUUCCCAGAGCCUGCCGGUCGUCACCAUGAGCUCUGUCCACUUCGCUUAGGUGCAGUCUCCAAAGCCCCCAUGCCAGCACACGGGACGCUUGUGUAUGAGACAGUGUCAUUCGAAGUGAGAAGAAAACAGUCAAGGUGUCCAAAUGUCUAAGUAUCUUUUUGCACCUCUGAGUAUAGAAUAAAAUUACAAGUAAAUAGGACAGAAUGGAACAAUAAAUUCUAGAAGAGUUGCCUUGAUUCAAACAAGUAUAAUUCUCAAGUUAUCACAAAAUUUCCCACAAAACUUUACAAUCAGCAAAAUAGUUUCCUUAUUUCUCAUGUAUCAUUUUCAUAUAAUUCCAUGGUUUCACUAAUAUUAUAUGUUACAAUAAGCCUCCAUUAGUCCCUCAAAACGAUGAUAUAAAUAAUCAGUCUGUACAACCUAGCAUACAAUAAAAAACUGAAACCAA